AUGCGCGCCGAGCCCAGCGACGAUGGCGGCGCGCCGCAGCCCCUGCGCAGCGCCGGCGCCGCGGAGGAGCCGGCGUCGCCCUACGUGCGCGGCGUCGAGGGCUUCGGCGCGUCCAGCGGCAAGCUCGAGCACCUGCAGGGCGCCCGCUGCGUGGCGACGAUCUUCGUGCUCUACCACCACGACUGGUACUUCUCCGGCGGCGCGCGGAGCUUCUGGGGCCGCAACGGCCUCGCCGCCGUCGACUUCUUCGUCGUGCUGUCCGGCUUCGCGACGCACUGGUCGAACCGGCGCAAACGGCUCGAGCUGUCGCCGCCGGAGCGCUGGCUCGGCUGGUGCCUGCGGCGCGCGCGCAAGGCCGUCGCGGCGGUCUGGUGCACGAUGGCGCUCGACGCCGCCGUGUUCCUCCGCUACGAGAACUGGGCGGGCUCGGGCUGGCUCUGGUUCGGCGGCGGCGGCCUCGUCCGGGCCGCGCGCUGCGUCGCGCUCGUCAACUGGUGGGUCGAGCCCCACACGCUCUGCCCGAACAACUCGUCCUGGACCGUCGGGGCCCUCGUGCCCUGCUGGUGCCUCGUCUACCCCGCCGCGCGGCGCCUCGCGGACGCGCUCGCGGCGACGCGGCGGCCCGCGCGCGCCACGGCGGCCGCCGCGGUCGCGGUCGCGCUCGCGCCCGUCGUCCUGUGCCUGCCGGCGGAGCUCGCGCGCCAGGGCUGGGCGGACCGCGCGCCGAGCGCCGGCGAGGACGCGCUCCAGUACGCGCUCUGGUGCGGCCUGUCCGGCAUCCCGCCGGACGCCGCGCCGCGCGACCGGGCCUGCUUCCCGCUGUCCGUGCCCCUGAACUUCGUCGUGGGCGUGCUUGCCGCGGCCCUCGCGGCGUCGCUCGACGGGCGGGACGCGCGCCGGGGGCUCGUCGCGGACGCCGCGGCCGCCGCGGUGCUCCUCGCCGUCGUCCUCAUGCCGUCGGACGUGUCGAAGCGAAGAGUGGGGACCCACGCCCUCGUGCCGCUGCACCUCGCCUUCAUCGUCGCGUCGACGGCCGGCGGGGGCGUCGCCGGCCGCGUCGCGCGGUGCCUCGCGCGGCGGCCCGUCGCCGCGCUCGGCUCCUACGCGUCCGUCGUCUACCUCCUCGAGUUCCCGCUCGCGCGGCUCUGGAAGAACGCCUUCGACCCGGACCCGGGCGCGUCCCUCUUCACCUUCGAGCGCUUCCCGCCGAAGACCGCGGCGUUCCUCGCGGCCCUCGUCGCGUGUUCCGCGGCCUACGUCGACGGCGUCCAGCCGCGGCUCUUCGGCCACAAGCGGAAGGCGCUCUAA